AUGUUUUUGUUCUUGGUUAUUUUCUAUCUUUGUUUGAAGUUGGCUCAUACUAUUCAGUCUAGCUUGGAUCUAUCGUGUGAAAAUCUUUUACCGGGACAGUACAUCUGUGACUCCCCUCUCAUAGACGAGCUUACCCAGCAGCCAAGGAAUUGCUCUCUCUUUUUGAAAGCUCCAGUUAACUGCAAACCGGCUCCAGGAAUCCAUUGUAGUGGGAAGCUUUACAGUGGUACAGAGAUUGGUUUUCAAAAGCUAAUAGAUUGCCGUCGAGUGACUGGAUAUAAGUUUGAUCUGGCAUUAUUGCUUUCAGUAUUUGGUGGACUGUUUGGCUUAGACCGAUUUUAUCUUGGGUACCCAGCUCUGGGUUGCUUGAAAUUUUUCACAUUCGGUGGCUUCGGUCUCUGGUAUCUCAUCGAUAUACUACUAAUUUCGGUUGAAUUUCAAGUCAGUAUUGAACAUGGUUACUGUUGUUUGUCUUUGUCUAAUUUGGAACGCUAAACUGUUGUAUGUUGUACUCAAUGAAAUAUGAUUCGAGUUGAAAUCCUGAGUAUUCUUGCACAUAUCUGGCAAAAUAACUUUAAAAAUGUAAUGCGACAAAAUGAUUUAAAUAUCCAAGGAGUUUCGUCCCAUACCCAAUAUACAUUUGAAACUGAAACCUUCCGAGAUUGGUUGUUCAUAUCAUGUAACCCAAUAUGUGGAUAGGUGAUUAUAAGCAGGCUUCCAGAUUCUUAGGGAAAGGGUCGAGAUUUUAUGGUAGUGACCAAAAACACCCGUUGAAGGGCUCAUGAAAAAUCAUUCGAAUGAAUGUAAUUUGUUGAUGUUCUCAAAAGAUUAAACUGUUUUGCUUACCCUUAUUUCAUGUGCUGAUACGGGGUGAUUUUAGUUUACUUUAUCUCCUUGGAUUAAUCUCUUACUCAAAUAGUUUUAGGUAAAGACAAAAAGAUGUAAGGUUUUUGGACGUCUUCAACAAAAUUCUAAGAAUGGUUAUCUAUUUCGCGCCU